GAGAGACUAUGUCUCGUAACGAGACGGUAGAGUUUAAGGGGAGAGGUUCUCUUUAAGGCAAUGUUACAACAUAAAACUAUGGACUGCUGUUGAAAAUUUUUGUCACAAUGAAGUUUGAAGACCUUCUGUCAGACAUUGGUGGCUUUGGAAGGUUCCAGAAGAUGGUUGUUUGCCUUAGUUUCCUGGGACGUGUCACUUUACCAUGUCACUUCUUGGUGAACAGCUUCAUAGCCGGUAUUCCACCCCACCAUUGUGACAUCAGCGAUCUGGAUGCUUUGGGGAACUUUGGGAAUAUGUCAGUGGAGGAGAGACAGACGGUCAGUAUCCCGAUGCAGGCGGAUGGGACCUUGUCUUCCUGUCUCAUGUUCCCAGAGCCCCAGUUUCACACGCUGCACAACUCCUCCAAUAGCACUGGACUUCCUGCAGAGCCGUGUAGGAAUGGAUGGGUGUACGACAACAGCACCUUCACAAGCACACUGGCCACUGAGUGGGAUUUGGUGUGUGAUCAGAAGGGACUGAACAAAGCCACUGCCACCAUCUUCUUUGUGGGGGUCAUGUUUGGAGCCAUGACCUUUGGUGCUCUCAGUGACAGGUAUGGACGCAGGAUAAUGCUUCUGGUGUCGUACUUGUCGGGGAUGGCCUUUGCGUUGCUCAGUGUCUUCUCCACCUCCUAUGCCAUGUUCGCUGUGCUCAGGUUCCUAACUGGCUUCUGCCUCACGGGCAUCGUCAUUGUCACCUCCGUGCUAAUUGUGGAGUGGGUGAGCAUUGAGAACAGGAAGUUAGUGGGCUUUACUGACAGCUUGUCAUGGGCAUUUGGAUUCAUGGCCCUGCCCGCAUUCGCAUUCCUCAUCAGAGACUGGAGGUGGCUGAUUGUGGCCAUCACAGCACCAGUGGUUGUAGCCAUUAUAGCAUGGAGAUGGGUUCCAGAAUCAGCUAGAUGGCUGAUAGCAAACGGGCGGCUAGAAGAAGCUCACUACUACUUAGAUAAGUGUGCUCAGAUGAACCGCCGGCAGGCAAUGGCCUCCUCCAUCCACAUAGAGAAUCUGUCUAAUAUUGUGGUGACCAAUCGAGGGAGCAGGAAAUACUCCUAUCUGGAUCUGCUGAGGACUCCCAAGAUAAGAAAACGGGCGCUACUUACAGGUCUUUCUUGGUGCGGAGUUAACUCCAUAUUUUACGGCAUCAGUUUUAACAUUACAGGGUUUGGAGUGAAUAUUUACCUCACACAGUUUAUAAUGGCAGCUGUUGAGAUCCCAGCUAAAGUGACUGUUUUCUACCUGCUGGACAAGAUUGGGCGGCGUAGGAUUGAGUAUGGUGGUCUUUUUCUGGCUGGGAUAUGCCUCGUUAUCACCGUAGUCGCCCCCAGAGAGCAGCCGGUGGUGAGAACUGUAAUAGCAGUGCUUGGUAAGGGGUUUGUGGCGGCUUCCUUCGCCACUCUGAUUCUGCACACCUCGGAGGUCUACCCAACUGUGAUCAGGCAGCAUGGCAUGGGCUAUAACUCCUUCAUGGGUCGUGCAGGGGCAGCUGUGGCCCCCCUGAUCCUGCUGUUGGAUGACGUGUGGCUGGGCCUUCCUCAGCUCAUCCUGUGUGGCAUUGCAGUGGGGUCCUGUUUAGUGACCAGCCGACUGCCUGAAACAAAAGGCCGAUGCCUGCCUGAGACCAUCGAAGACAUCGAGGGGAACAAGAGCACCACAAGUGGAUCCCCUGUCCUUUCUCAUGGAAGCGCAGACAGCGAAGUCGGAGGAUGAGAACAACUGAUCAUUUGUGAUGUUUCAAUGUCUCAAAUAUGACUAUUCCUCUUACAGUAGCAAAUGCAUAAAACACCAUACAUUUUUUGCUGGUGCUCUUUACAUAAAUGUCUUUGCUUCGAACAGGCACAGAAAUAUUUGAUUGUGAACACAAGUCAGUAUCUUGCAUAAGACAGUAUCCAAGUAUUUGUCAAGUUGGGGGAAGGUAUUAUUGAAGUUCAAUGUCAGUUUAUUCCGUUUACAUGAGCACUUGAAUUAUCAGAUGACUACAAAAACCUCAUAAUAAUCUGUUUUUUAGCAUGUAAACAUGCUCAUAUGGUAAAUAUUAUGUUGCUAUGCAGUGUUACUGUUUACUUGAUUCUUUACUUGUUGUUGCUAUUUCAUUAAAACUAUAGU